GGAGCGAGUGUGCUGUUUCUUUUAGCUAACUGACGUUACCUAUUUAGAAGAUUAUUUUUUACUUUGUGUAGUAGUGCUGUGUUUUGUCAAAGCUUAACAGCUGAAUCGUUUGUCAAGUCAGUAAACUGGUUUCUUUUUUUAAAUGCCAAAUAACGUUGCCGCAUCAAUGAGAAAGGGGUCAACGGUUCAGAAGGUACUUUUACCUGGUGCUAAGUUAACCAAAGCAGCAAGCAAGAAAAAGGAUGAGGACGAGGAUCCGGGCGAAGGAUGGGACGAGUGGGCCCAAGGGAAAGCUCUUAUUAAGCCCCCCAAUCAACUGGAGCUCUCUGAGGCUGAGCUGAAAGAGGAAAUCACAAGGAUCCUGACUGCAAACAACCCACAUGCCCCCCAAAAUAUUGUGCGCUACAGCUUUAAGGAACGUUCCUACAAGCCUACCAGUGCUGUGGAUCAGAUGGCUGUUCACUUUGUUUUGGAGGGCAGCCUUUUGCAUGAAGACUCUGAUGAGGCUCGUAGACUGAGGGCCAAGGAGGGUCUCCCUGAGGAAACUGCAACAGUCGAUACUGGAGUGGAACCUGAUGAGGAGGAACCAGAAACAUCGGAUACACCCGUAGAGGAUGGACGGGAAGUGGAGGAAGCAGGAGAAGAGGACAGACCAGACAGUGUCGCCUCUAAAACCGACAGGAAGGAGCCAAAAGUUACUAACCAGUUCAACUUCAGUGAGAGGGCCUCCCAGACCCUCAACAACCCACUGCGGGAAAGAAGCUGCCAGACUGAUCCUCCUCCACGCGGCACCUUCACCGCCACAGCUACUCAGUGGGACAUCUAUGAUGCGUAUGUGGAGGAGCUGCAGAAACAAGAAACCAAUAAAGAGAAGCAGAAGGCUGUAGCAUCAAAGAAAGAUAAUGACAAAGGCAAAAAGAAGACGCUGCUGAUGGAGACUCAGACUGAUGACAUCACCAAAGUGGGAAAGGCGUCCAAGAUCUUUGAACGAAUGGUCAAUCAGAACACUUUUGAUGACAUAGCUCAAGAUUUCAAAUACUUUGAGGACGCUUCUGAUGAGUUCAGGGACCAGGAGGGCACCCUUCUCCCUCUGUGGAAGUUUCAAUAUGACAAAGCUAAGAGACUGUCUGUCACUGCCCUCUGCUGGAAUAAGAAAUAUCAGGACCUUUUUGCUGUGGGAAUGGGAUCGUACGACUUCAGUAAGCAGGGGCGUGGCAUGCUAGUCUACUACUCCUUGAAGAACUCUGCCUACCCAGAGUUCAUCUAUCCCACCCCUUCUGGCGUCCUCUGCCUCGACAUCCAUGAGCAGCAUUCCUACCUGGUGGCCGUUGGCUUCUAUGACGGCUGUGUGGCUGUCUACAACAACAAGGAGGAUGGAUCGGAGCCUAUGUAUAAGAGUACAGCUAAGACUGGCAAGCACACAGACCCCGUAUGGCAGGUGCGCUGGCAGAGCGAUGACAUGGACAAUAACCACAAUUUCUGUUCAGUGUCAUCUGAUGGACGAGUUGUGUCCUGGACUCUAGUCAAGAAUGAGCUGGUCUUUACAGAUAUUAUCAGGCUGUCACUGAAUGCUGCGGUCUCCGAGGGCCCGGAACAGCAGCCUGGCAUCGCCUGUGGUACCUCGUUUGACUUCCAUAAGCAGAUCGACUAUCUCUUCCUUGUUGGCACCGAGGAGGGAAAAAUACACAAGUGCUCCAAGACGUACUCAAGCCAGUUCCUGGAGACAUAUAACGCCCACAGCAUGGCAGUGGAUGCAGUGAAGUGGAACCACUUCCACCCCAAGGUUUUCAUCUCCUGCAGUUCAGACUGGACCGUCAAAAUCUGGGAACAUACCAUCAACACUCCCAUGUUCACCUUUGAUCUGAAUGCAGCAGUUGGUGAUGUUGCCUGGUCUCCAUACUCCUCCACUGUUUUCGCCGCUGUCACAACAGACGCAACGGUCCAUAUCUUUGAUCUCAGCAUCAACAAAUAUGAGGCCAUCUGCCAGCAGCCAGUGGUGGCCAAAAAGAAGACCAAGCUGACUCACAUCGAGUUUAAUCCCAUCUAUCCUAUCAUCAUAGUGGGCGAUGACCGAGGCUACGUCAGCAGCCUCAAACUCUCCCCGAACCUCCGCAAGAAACCCAAGGUCAAGAAGGGUCAGGAUCAGCCUAAGGAUUCCGAAAUGGAAGAAGCCAAGAUGGAGAAGCUCCUCAGUCUGCUGAGGGAACCGGAGCAAAGCACAGUUUAACACGGCAACAUGGUACAAUCUUUCUUUAUCAUUCAUAAAAAAGACGGUUCAGUUGCUCAGUGUGUGCAACAGUAAACAGCAUUUCAAGAAAAAUCGAUUUGUUUGAGUUUAUUAAAAACGUUUUCAUGUCAUCUCUCUUAAGCUGUCAAUACAUCAUAUUCAGUUAAUAAUGCAUUUAUUCAUACUGCAGUACAUCAAACAGGCAACGUUAGAAUUCCAAUGCAUUGACUGACCUCUUCUGCAGGAUGUAUUAAACACGUUCAGUAUGUAUUGUACAAGUUAAUUAAGCUAAAAAGUGGAGGGGGUGAGUUACUGCGAGUUAGAGAUAAAUGAGCGUAAUAGAUUAAGCAUUUAUGGAACAUAUCCAGACAAACUAUCUUGGAUGGCACACGCCGUCCUGGGCAGCGGUCCAGCUCGAAGAUAUCCCAUCUACGGAGAGAACUUUGCUUUGAGUCAUGGCUGUCUCUAUCUUUAUUUUGCCUUUUCCUCCAUUCCUCUCGGUCCUAAUGAUCUUGUCCUUCAGUAAAGCACCACCCAGUGCUCUGAAGCUCAACUGGAAUCAAAUGCUGCCACAGUGCUGUCUUUCUUCCCCCCCUCUGCUACAGAGAAAUCCUCUGCCCUUCACAUCUUCCUGCGAACACAUGCAGCACUCUCUCCCUUAAGUGUGAUUCAUUACUUCGAUGGCUGCUCCAUCACCUUAUUUUUAAAGACAA